AUGUCUAGCUUGAGCAAUGCCACCCUCUGCAUCCUGGGGACGGGUAACAUCACAACACCCAUUGUGAAGAACCUCGUCCCUGCCACACGGGAUGGAAAAAGCAAUCUGCCUUUUACCAAGUUCAUCGCCUGUGUGCGAUCCGAGGCUUCUGGGAAGAAGCUCUCUGAGCAGUUUGCCGAGUACAGCGAUAUCCUCACUGUGUCUCGUGGUGACAACGUCAAGGCUGUGCAACAGUCCGAUGUGAUCAUUCUUGGCGUGGACCCUGCGGAUAUUGAGACUGUUCUCACGCAAUCCGGUAUCAAAGAUGCCUUGUCCAACAAGCUGUUGAUCAGUGUUGCUGCUGGCUGGACAAAGGAGAAGCUCGAGGCUACCAUCUACGGAAGUGCGAGCACCUCAGAGAACCAACCUGGGCGGGCUUGGGUUGUGCGCACGCUGCCAAACAUUGCAUCCAUGGUGUCUCAAGGUCUCAUUGCCAUUGAGAAUGCUCCCACUGAGCCCGCCUUGCCUGAUGAGCAUUUGCAGUUGACAAAGGCCAUCUUCCAGAGUAUCGGACAAACAGUCGAGAUUCACCCUCGUCUUAUGAACGCUACCACAGCUGUGGGAGGUUCUACACCGGCUUUCUGGGCCAUCAUCUGCGAUGCCUUUAUCGAUGCUGCGGUUGCAGUUGGAGUCCCUCGCGCAGAUGCCCAGACCAUGAUUUACCAAUCCAUGAAGGGCUCAGCCGAGAUGCUCCAGAGCGGUAUUCACCCCGGAGUCCUAAAAGACCAGGGAACUUCUCCCGAGGGAUGCACAAUUGGUGGAAUCAUGGUCUUGGAAGAGGCAGGAGUUCGAGGUCAUCUUGGGCGUGCGCUUCGUGAAGCCGUGACUGUUGCUCGCCUGAUGGAGACCGUCACUCACGUCAACGACACGAGGCCUACUUCAUAG